AUGGAUGCUGCCAGACUAAAGUUGGCAAAGGACUCGAAGCUUCAAAGGCCGGUGUCUGAAAACAAGGUCAGUUCUACAUUCUAGGUAACACUGUUCCAACUGUUUGUCAUGGAAAUCUACAGGAUGUAGCUAGCUAUGAAGACAAUCCUUACCCCGUUCUUAUCACACAUGAUUCAACUAACUAAUAAUAGGCAGCGUUGGGGAAGCUACUCUUUGAAAAUAUAGCUAGCUACAGUUUACCAAACUACAGUACCAAUUAACUUCUUCAAGUGAAGUAAGAUGCACUAAAGCUACCCUUAAUAAAACAUCUCGUUUACUUAACUAACGAAAGUUACUUGAUAAAGUAGCCAGUGUACUAGCUACAUCCAAACUACUUCGUGAGAAAUUAUCAUGUUAAUUUGAAAUGUCAAACUACGAAUUGCAAGACAGAUCACUUUGGAGUCACAUUUUAAGUGUAAUUUGGCCUAUUAAACACAAUGUUUCAAGUGAGAAUUGGGCAGGUUUGAUGCCGAAAAAUAAAGGUAGUUAUUGCGUACUUCACCUAUGACUCUUUUGCUAAAAAGUAGUGUGUAGAUCCAGUAAGCAACACUGCUACAUUGCAAAGUAUUUAGGGUAGGUAAGUGUACCUAUUUAAGGAAAGGGGGAUACCUAGUCAGUUGUACAACUGAAAUGUGUGUUGUGCAUUUAACCCAACCCCUCAAUCAGAGCUUAAUCUAUUAUGUGACGUUUUUACAUUACUUACACCAUUUUAUUUUUAUGCGAGAUAAAAAGGUUUGGUAAAAUAUGAGAACUCAGGACUGGGCUUAAAGGAUACCGAAUGUACUAUUAAAGCCUGUGGGUUUUCCAAAUAAGCCCACCUCCAUAAAUCCAUUUUUAUUAAUUUCCAAAUGUUGAGUAAAACUGAAAUUUCUUAUGUAAGCUUAAUUAUAAUAUUCUCCACUAAAGUUAAAUUACUAUUCAUCAUGGAAGUUACUCAUAACAGGGGUGUCCAAUCGUAUCCAUAGGCUUGAUUAGUUGAAUCAGGUGUUACUGCUUGGUUAGAACAAAAUUCCUGCACCCGCACUGUCCCUCUGUGGAUAAGACGCCAUCUUUUAAUACUUUUUUUAAAAAGUGGGUUCACAUUUGCUGUACUCUUCUUGUUAGUUACAUUUUGUCUUCCUACAGCCUACUGUUUGAAUUGUACACGUGGUGGACCAAAAAACAGAAUCACCUGGAUGAAUGAAGGACAACAAUAUCACAAUGCCCUAACCGCAUGAGUAGUCGUCCAAUAGUCAGCUUGUCCCUUAUUUCUGAUAUUAAUCACUACCUGUAGGUAUUAUAUCCCUGAUCUUAAUCUUGCUAAGGGCACCAUGCAUAACUGUAGUUUGAGUAUUUUAAUCAAUUUAACCUCCAUGGGAUCUGUGUCCCAUGUACGGGACGGUUGAGCUAAUGUGAUUAGCAUGACUGUAAGUAACAGCAAACUUUCUAGGACAUAGACAUGUCUUAUAUGGGCAGGAAGCUUAAAUUAUUGUUAGUCUAACUGCACUGUCCAAUGUAUCAUGUCAACUGGUUUGAUACAUUCACCUCUGAAAGUAAAUAAUGUACUUGCAUUACAAUCAAAUGUUAUUUGUCGCAUACGUGUAUAGCAGAUGUUAUUGCGGGUGUAGCGAAAUGCUUGUGCUUCUAGCUCCGACAGUGCAGUAAUAUCUAACACUUUCACAACACACACACAUCUAAGUAAGGAAUGGCAUUUAAGACUAUAUAUACAGUGAGGGAAAGAAAUAUUUGAUCCCCUGCUGAUUAUGUACGUUUGCCUACUGACAAAGAAAUGAUCAGUCUAUAAUUUUAAUGGAAGGUUUAUUUGAACAGUGAGAGACAGAAUAACAAAAAAUAAAGGAAAAACGCAUGUCAAAAAUGUUAUAUAUUGAUUUGCAUUUUAAUGAGGGAAAUAAGUAUUUGACCCCCUCUCAAUCAGAAAGAUUUCUGGCUCCCAGGUGUCUUUUAUACAGGUAACGAGCUGAGAUUAGGAGCACACUCUUAAAGGGAGUGCUCCAAAUCUCAGCUUGUUACCUGUAUAAAAGACACCUGUCCACAGAAGCAAUCAAUCAAUCAGAUUCCAAACUCUCCACCAUGGCCAAGACCAAAGAGCUCUCCAAGGAUGUCAGGGACAAGAUUGUAGACCUACAUAAGGCUGGAAUGGGCUACAAGACCAUCGCCAAGCAGCUUGGUGAGAAGGUGACAACAGUUGGUGCGGUUAUUUGCAAAUGGAAGAAACACAAAAUAACUGUCAAUCUCCCUCGGCCUGGGGCUCCAUGCAAGAUCUCACCUCGUGGAGUUGCAAUGAUCAUGAGAACGGUGAGGAAUCAGCCCAGAACUACAUGGGAGGAUCUUGUCAAUGAUCUCAAGGCAGCUGGUACCAUGGUCACCAAGAAAACAAUUGGUAACACACUAUGCCGUGAAGGACUGAAAUCCUGCAGCGCCCGCAAGGUCCCCCUGCUCAAGAAAGCACUUAUUCAUGCCCGUCUGAAGUUUGCCAAUGAACAUCUGAAUGAUUCAGAGGAGAACUGGGUGUAAGUGUUGUGGUCAGAUGAGAUCAAAAUGGAGCUCUUUGGCAUCAACUCAACUCGCUGUGUUUGGAGGAGGAAUGCUGCCUAUGACCCCAAGAACACCAUCCCCACCAUCAAACAUGGAGGUGGAAACAUUAUGCUUUGGGUGUUUUUCUGCUAAGGGGACAGGACAACUUCACCGCAUCAAAGGGACGAUGGACACGGCCAUGUACCGUCAAGUCUUGGGUGAGAACCUCCUUCCCUCAGCCAGGGCAUUGCAAAUGGGUCGUGGAUGGGUAUUCCAGCAUGACAAUGACCCAAAACACAUGGCCAAGGCAACAAAGGAGUGGCUCAAGAAGAAGCACAUUAAGGUCAUGGACUGGCCUAGCCAGUCUCCAGACCUUAAUCCCAUAGAAAAUCUGUAGAGGGAGCUGAAGGUUCGAGUUGCCAAACGUCAGCCUCAACCUUAAUGACUUGGAGAAGAUCUGCAAAGAGGAGUGGGACAAAAUCCCUCCUGAGAUGUGUGCAAACCUGGUGGCCAACUACAAGAAACAUCUGACCUCUGUUUGCCAACAAGGGUUUUGCCACCAAGUACUAAGUCAUGUUUUGCAGAGGGGUCAAACACUUAUUUCCCUCAUUAAAAUGCAAAUCAAUUUAUAACAUUUUUGACGUGUUUUUCUGGGGGUUUUUUUUGUUCUGUCUCUCUGUUCAAAUAAACCUACCAUUAAAAUUAGACUGAUCAUUUCUUUGUCAGUGGGCUAACGUACAAAAUCAGCAGGGGCUCCAAUACUGUUUUUCCCUCACUGUAUAUGGACAAGCAAUGACAGAGCGGCAUGGACUAAGAUGCAGUAGAAAUAUUAGAAUACAGUAUAUACAUGAGAUGAGUAAUUAUUAGUGACUAGUGUUGCAUUUCUUAGUGGCCAGUGAUUUCAAUAGGCGGCAGCAGCCUCUAAUGUGCUAGUCAUGGAUGUUUAACCGUCUGAUGGCCUUGAGAUAGAAGCUGUUUUUCAUUCUCUCGGUCCCAGCUUUGAUACACCUGUAAUGACCUCGCCUUCUGGAUGAUAGUGGGGUGAACAGGCAGUGGCUUGGGUGGUUGAUGAUCUUUUUGGCCUUCCUGUGACAUCUGGUGCUGUAGGUGUCCUGGAGGGUGGGUAGUCGGUAAUCUUGCUCUGAUUUGUCAUCCUAAGGGUUCCAGAGAUAAAAUAUAGCAUCGUUUUGUUUGAUAAAAUACAUUUUUAUAUUCAAAUGUAUGACAUUCCUGGGCGUGUGUAAACUUACAUUUUGUAUAACCAUAUCAUUUUUGUAUUCUCUAUAGUUAUGUACUUAAAUGUAUCAAUUGACCAAUUCGGCACAUUUGGGGAGACUUGAUACAAAAUUGUCCAGUAUUGCAAUGCUUCACUGGAUCAAUCUUUAAUUUUGCACACUGCUGCUUUUUAGUGGCCAAAAUCUAAAUUGCGCAUAAACUCUAAUAUUAUAUUGUGGCCUCUCUUGCAUUUCAAAGAUGGAGGGCUCUUUUACCAGGUCUGUGUUAUGUUCUCCUACAUUAAUUUCACAUUUCCACAAACUUCAGUGUUUCCUUUCAAAUGGUAUCAAGAAUAUGCAUGUCAUUUUAGGGAAAUUGAAGAAAAAAAGGGUCUGAUCCUUAAGAGGUUAGAUCUUAAGAAAAUGUAUGCUCAGGUUCAGUGACUAUUAGGCAGUGUAAAAAGUACUUUUUUGGGGGGUAUCUGUACUUUACUAUACUAUUAUUUUUGACAACUUUUACUUCACUACAUUCCUAAAGAAAAUAUUGUGCUUUUUACUCCAUACAUUUUCCAUGACAACCCAAAGUACUUACAUUUUGAAUGCUUAGCAGGAUGGUAACAAUUUGAAAUUCACACACUUAUCAAGAGAACACGUGGUCAUCCCUACUGCCUAUGGUCUGGCGGACUCACUAAACACAUGCAUAUUUUGUAAAUAAUGUUUGAGUGUUGGAGUGUCCCUGGCUAUCCGUAAAUUUAAAAAACAAGAAUGGUGCCAUCUGCUUUGCUUAAUAUAAGGAAUUUGAAAUUAUUUCUACUUUUGAUACUUAAAUAUAUUUAAAACCAAAUACUUUUACUCAAGUAGUAUUUUACUGGGUGACUUUUACUUGAGUAACUUUCUACUAAGUUCAAUUUGCUACAUGUGUCGGUGCUGGGCUUGUACAAAAGCCUGCACCAUCCCGUGGGACUCAUUGGCCAGGCUACAAUAACACUGCUGUAACUAAAACAGGAAACCAUCAUCCUCCAAAUAGGACAUGUCGUCAUGGCUUGACCCAAACAAUUGACUGCAAUAUCUAGUAUGCAACAGAAACCAAUUGUUUGCAUAAAGCAGUGUGCUGGUAUCCUUUCUGCAUUAUCUUGCUGUAAUAGUAGUCCUAAAUGACUUCUCUCCCAUAUUUAGCGUACCAGUGAUGGGCCAAAGCGUGUUCCAGUGUCCCAGUCGUCCAGUGGUCACAAGCCUGCGGCCUACGCCACGCCAGCCCAGCGCGUUCUAGGGCCGUCAAAUGGACCACAGCGUAUCCAGCGACCCAUGACCCAACAGAAGCCGGAGACCACAGUCCUACGCACCAUCAAGACCACAGAACCGCAAGCUGGUGACCAGAACGUGAAUGCUGUUCAACCCCAGCCUAAACCUCAGUCUCAAAUCCAGAGCCUCAAAUCUGUUAAAGGUCCACCUCAAACCCAGACCCCCAAACCUGUUCAGACCCCCAGCCAGUCAAGGGUUCAGACCCUAACCCAGAGCCAGCCAAAGAACCAGACCAAUGCUUCGACUCCUGCAAGUUCUGAGCCAGCCAGAGCCACCGACCAAUCCAAGCAGGAAAAGCCACAAAGUAAGAGGCAAAACUUUUUAUAAUAGUCAGAUUGGAUGGGAGUAAUGCUUUGGUCCACUCUUACACUUGUGUUUUUGUUUGUUCAGAUAAACCUACCAAGACUGAAUCCUCAACUGCUUCUUCAAAGUAAGUGCAGGUGGUUGAAUGAACGUUGAUUCUGACCUCCGCAGACCAGAUGUUAUGAUUCUGUUAAAAUGUAACUGCUGUAGAAAAUAGGUACAAUACAGUUCUUCCUCGUUACUGUGAUGGUUAAACGUUUCAAAAUGACGUAACUGACUUGGCCAAUCUUCCUAUUGUAGGAAACGCUGGGCCCUGGAGAACUUUGACAUCGGUCGUCCCUUGGGGAAGGGUAAGUUUGGCAACGUGUACCUGGCCAGGGAGCGCCAGACCAUGUUCAUCCUGGCUCUCAAGGUGCUCUUCAAGAAGCAGCUGGAGAAGGCCGGAGUGGAGCACCAACUACGGAGGGAAGUGGAGAUCCAGUCACAUCUCAGGUUGGUACUGAUCAUGCGGUCCUAACUGGCAUUCAUUCAAAUAGAUGUGGACUGACUGGUGGUUGACACUGUCAGGUCUGUUUUUAGUGAUUUAGCCAACUCCUUUUGUUGGGGCAUAACAAGGAACAGUCAAAUUAAUAAAGCUCUUUUUACAUCAGCAAUUGACAGUGUUUUUUACAGUAAUCGGUCCUAGAGACCUGACCAGUCAGUGAGUGUAGUUGGCUAGUAGGAUCAAACCUUUUCUGGCCAUCAGGCUAGUCCUAGGAUUGUCCUUGUGGAUGAGCACCGCAUCAGCUGUAUUGUAGAACAUGAUGACAAUGCACCAAUUAAUUAUUCAGCCUCUCUCUCUCUCCCACAGGCACCCCAAUAUCCUGCGUCUCUAUGGUUACUUCCACGACACGGCUCGCGUUUACCUCAUCCUGGAGUUUGCUCCUAAAGGAGAGUUGUACAGUGAGCUCCAACGAUGUGGAAGCUUUACUGAACAAAGGAGUGCCACAGUAAGAGGAUUUCUUUUUUCAUUUUGCUAACUUUGAGAAUAGUUUUGAAAAGGCCCGUGACCGUAGUUUAUAGAAUUAUUUGAAACGUGGCCCGCGACAGGAAAGAUGGCAACAACACAUGUGGCACCAGUAAUAUCAUAACUGAUCUAUGCCAUUUGAACGGUUUAGGGUAGCCAUGGGCAGUUUUCUGCGCAGUAAUGAUUCAGCCAUUUAAGCUGUGUAACUGUGGCUGUUCUGUUCGUCUGUAGGACACUCGGGGACUGAGUUCCAGCGAUCUAAAAUAUCAAAAUGAAAGAUGAGCUCAAGUGUCUGCUCUUAUCUCUGCAUUCCUGAUCAAUCAGUACCUUUGACACAUUUCAAUCACUUCAAAGCCUACAAUCCUUUGAACUGAAAUUGGCCUGGACCUGAUUUGCCAGAUCUUCGUAGUCUUAAGUGCCCUUAUUUAGAUUUUUUAUUUUAUUUUUUAUAUUAAGAUAUCAUCACAAAAACAAGUUGUUAAGGGAGAGAAAAUAGGAAACCUCCAUUUAAUUUGAAUUCACGUGCUGCAAUUCCUAAGUCUUCCUUAUGUGGCUCAGAAGUUUGGACACCCCCGGCCUAAAUGGAAGCCAUUCUCUUUCUCCAGUACAUUAUGGAGCUGGCAGAUGCCCUGAACUACUGCCACUCUAAGAAAGUGAUCCACCGGGACAUCAAGCCUGAGAACCUGCUGCUGGGGGCCAACGGGGAGCUGAAGAUAGCAGACUUUGGCUGGUCGGUGCACACACCCUCCUCAAGGUAACCACUCAAUCUAUCAGUCUCCCUUGUUAGUAAUUUAUUUGCAACUUUAGAUUGUGUGGGCAAGGACAUUGAUGUAAAAUGGGAGUUUGCUUUUGCAGCCAGAUAAACAUUGUCAUGGGCAAUAGUUUCUCUAAUGUUACUUUUCUAUUUGCUAUGUUUCACCUCCCUGAAUAUACCCCUGAUGCACUUCUUCCGCCCUCUGUCCAGGAGGUCGACUCUGUGUGGGACUCUGGACUACCUGCCUCCAGAGAUGAUUGAGGGCAGAACCCACGAUGAGAAGGUGGAUCUGUGGAGCCUGGGGGUGCUCUGCUAUGAGUUCCUGGUGGGACGCCCUCCCUUUGAGACCAAGAACAAUGAGGACACCUACCGCAAGAUCUCACGGGUAAGAACUGAAGUUAUUUUCUGUAGAGCUGUUGGUAUUGCUUUACAACUUGGCAAAACCCACUUACUGCAGUGUACACAUUAUUGAUUCAGCUUUGAGCUUACUAGCUUACAUUUAGAUCAAAUUGUAUUUGUCACAUGCUUUGUAAACUAACGGUGAAAUGCAUACUUAAAACCAUGCUUAGAUAAAACUGUUCAUGUGGUGCUCAGUUGGUAAGAGCUUAGAACUGGCUGACUGUGAAUUGAUCUCUUAUUUAGCUGUUUGGUGUUGGUUUACAAUAGGAAAAUCUCCCAUUUAUUACUGCACAAACUAUUGAUUCAACUUGAACGGUAUUGGUUCACAUUUUGAUAAAACUAGUCUGGUGUUACCCAGUUUACCUUGGCGUUGCUAGCACCACGGUUUUAAAGUGUCCAUUUCCUGCAUGGAUCACGUACACAUACUAAAAUGUAUUGGUAGAUGUUUAGGAUAAACUGAACAAAUGUCAUAUUAUAUAUUCCUGUAACACAGCUCUGAAUCCCCUCUUGUUCUUGCAGGUGGAGUUCACUUACCCGGCCCACGUCAGCGCCGGCAGCAGAGACCUGAUAGACACGCUGCUCAAGCACAACCCCCUCCACAGGCUCCCUAUCCAGGGUGUCCUGACCCACCCCUGGGUGGUGGGGAACUCUACCAAGACACCCACCGCCAUGUCUCACAGCCCAGAGCAAAGCAAAUGA